GUCGAUUAUUACCAAUGAUAUUGGAUCUAUGCCCCAAAAGAGAUAACCCUGAGUUUCAGGUGUUAAAUAGAUUAAAUGGAAAUGUGGUUGAAAUUGGUUACACAGGUUUACACAAUACAAAGCUUUAUCCAUUAAUGCAUAGAGACAUCAGAUGGCCAAACAUAAUUUUACAUAAUGAAAUAUAUAUUUUAAUUGACUUUGAAUUUGCAGAAUUUGCUCCACAAGAAGCUUUAAAUCAGCUCAAAGAAAAUGAACAUGCACAUGAAGUAUUGAGGGGUAGGCAUGAUGAAAAAGUUGACUUAUGGAACAUUGGACAUUUGAUAUUUUCAAGCAACACCCACAACAUCCCAACAGAUCUUUCCAAUCUAGCAUCAAAACUAUACAAAGAUGAUUCAAGUAGAUGA